CUCUCGACGAAACUCUUCAAACCUAGUGCCCUCGGACCUUGCCGUUGGCCACCACGACUCGCUCGACAGUCCGGCGUGCGCUCGGCGCUGCUCUUCCCUGCUGGACAUGGCCGCACUGGCAUCACGGGGCUUCGGCCUCCGCUGCUGCAGCGGCCUUUCCCGGCGCGAAUCUUGCAUUACUAUUGGGCCUGUUCGACCAGCUCCCUGUGCCGCGCGGCCCGUGUGUCGCCCAGUUCUGCUUGCGCCGCGCCCGCAAACUCCGCGGCGGCCCCGGCGAGCCCGACUGGUCACCACCAACUUUAAAAGCUCCGAAGAGGAAGCACCAGUGGUGAAGCCCAAACAAAUCCGGCACCCGCUGACGGAGGACGCUUUCGCCGGCGCCAGCCCAGCGGAGACAGCAACUCAGGAGGUUCUUUUCAGCACGCCGGCGGGUGGAGCGGCGUCCGCUGCGGCUGCGCCGCCGCCGCCGCCGCCGCAGGGUCUCGGCGCCGCGGACACCGUCUCGCGAGUAGUGCGCCAAAUGGCGGGUAUGCUAACCCGGCCGCGGGCGCUGCUGCGCUCGCUGGUGCGGAACUCGGCAGCUUACGGGCUGCCGCUGCUGGUGGCGUACCUGGCGCGCCAGCCCCUCGCCGCCUUCUGGGCGUUCUACAACACCUCGCUGGACGCGCACCCUGUGCUGACCAAGAUUGCCACCGGCGUGGUUGGCACCAUCCUUGGAGAUCUCCUGGCGCAGCGGCUGUCACACCACCACGAGGAGCAGGCAGCGCGCAGCCGGGGGGAGCCGGCGCCGGCCUUUGUGUACGACUUGGGGCGCACGGCGCGCCUCGUCGCCUACGGUGUCGUGGUCAGCACGCCUGUGGGGCACCUCUGGUUCAAGUUCCUGGACACGAGCGUGAUGCCGGACGCGAUGACCAGCAUGCCGGCUGUGGUCACCAAGAUGGUGCUGGACCAGCUGGUCAUGAGCCCGCUGUCCACGGCGCUGUUCUUCAUGGUGAUGCGCGCGUGGGAAGGCCACCCGCAGGACGCCUUUCGCUACAUGCGCGGCAAGAUGGUGCCCACCCUCAAGGCCAACUACCUGCUGUGGCCGCUGGCGCACAUCAUCAACUUUGCGCUGGUGCCGCCGUCACAGCGCAUCCUGUACUGCAAUGCGGUGGGGCUGAUCUGGACGGUCAUCCUGUCCACCAUCCUCAACUCCCGCGCCGCGCCCGACGUGACGACUCCGCCUGCCGCAGCCGGAAGCAGCGGACCGGGCACGGCCGCACCCACGGGUGGUUCGCCCGACAGCGUGGGUGGCGGGCAGCCUAUGGGGCCUGAGGACCUCACCACGGCGCCUGUGGGGUUCGUGGGUGUGCCGACAAGCGGCGCUCGCCCGCCUGCUUAUGCGCGAUAUACGAAGCCGCGCGAUACCGACAGUCGGCACGAUGCCUAAACGGUCCGCUGCAGGAAGUGUACUACUUUGGGGCCUUGCCUAAUGUGUGUGCGGGGGGCCAUGCAGUUCUUACAUACCGCGUAUGGCGCUGGCUACGUAAAAGAAGCAGGACUGCCUUGCGGUGCAUUGUUUCUGAGUGUACGCUUGUAUGAAUCGAUCAGGAAAUCGGACCGAAACUGCAUGGGUACGGGCGGGGUACCGUGUGGACCGGCUCGUAAGCCUGGGACUUAAAGUUCGUAACAUCCGUUUGCAUACGCACGGAUCCGUUUGCAUGUAUGGCCCUGUGGGUGGUGAUGUGGCUAGAACACAAUUCGUGCAUUCAUGUUGGUAGGUAUCAGAGACGAUGGUUGCAGAUUGCAAGCAUGCCGAGGGCUCCGUGAUCAAGUGCAUUUCUUGCCCAAGUUGUUUGAAGGAAACAUUGAAGGGAACCCCCAUAGGUGACGCGGCAGAGGACGCUGGAUGAAGCGCCAGCUGCUGUGUGGAUCUUUUGGCACCAUGUGGUGUGGGGCAGUGUCCCCGCGUGCCCGCUGUACCAAUUAAACACAUAGGGUGCACGAUUCAAAGAACCCGCAUGGAGUGGUAGGACCUUGUGAUGGGGGCACUGCACGCACUUGAGGGUAGAGUGGAGGGGGAACUGCGUGCGUGCAGCGUGCGGACUGCGGAACCAGACAACUGCUAAGGGUUUUGUACCCCAGCAGCAAUUAUGAAGCGGACGGUGACAUUACGGUAGCAACGCAUGCCCCUACAGACAAAGGUGGCGGCAUGGAUGGGAAGUAGCGAUGCGUUGAUCCUAGUUACGACGUAAGCACGGAGCAGCUGAGGUCCCAAGUGGUGAAGUGGACACGGCUAUGCUGUCCGCGUGUAAGGGACGAGUUGAAAGGCAUCCUGAAUACUUCUGAUUCGCC